ACACUUCGUUUCCACCUGUCCUCGACGAGGUAUUUGAACGGGCGGCGUUCUCACAUUCUUCUCUCCUCUUUGCUUGAUCAUCGCCUUUGAGUUAGCCUUUGCUGUGGGCGUGCGGGUUCGAGAAAGAGAGAAGCGGCGGGCAGCUAGAAGGAAAGGGAUCUGCUGAUACAGAGCGGGGUUUUGUCGGGUGAUUCGUUUCUUGUGGACAAAUCUAAGAUUGAAGGUUGAAGUGCGGAGUUAGGUUUUGCCUCUCGAUUCGAUCACUCAAGGUAGAUCAUUGAUUCCGCUCGUUUCUUUCUUGUCGGGCAAGGAAGCUUUGUGCGUUUUCGUUUGCUUGCUCGGAGAAUAGUGUGGUGUCUGUAGAUUUGGCCAAAAGUUGUGCGGUUUUGGAGUGUGAAGGUAUUCGAUUUGGGCGCUUUGUGGAGAAGCUCCAAAGAUAGACUUUUUUUUUAACGGUAAAGGUUCAUUCUUGGAGCUUCUUCCCGAGAUUUUCACAGGAAUUAUUUGUGAUUUCUCCGUUGUUCCCCGAUAUAUCAUGGCUUUGCCACAAUUUACCCCUCGGCCGUUGUAAAAUCACUAUUUGGUGAAUUUAUUAUGAGAUGAAGUCAGAAUAGUCAGAAAUUUCUCAAUUCUUGCUAAUCCAUCUGAGUGUGAUCGGGUUUACUGCUUGUUUUAAGGGCGGUUUGUUGCUUGUCAGGAGUCGGUAGUUGAUCAUUGUUCGUUGGGUUUGUGCUGCUAUUUAUUUACCUCUCCAGCGGUUUCUAUUCUUUCUUUUCUUUGUCGUGGUUUAGUUAAGCCAGAUGUCAUUUGACUCAUUCCGGAGCAUUGUUCGUGAUGUGAGGGAUAGUGUUGGUAGUUUAUCAAGGCGGAGUUUCGAAAUGAGACUUUCAGGUUUUUCUGGCCGUCAUAAAGGAAAAUCUCAAGGUUCUGUGCAUAAUGCAUAUGAACCCCAUCAAGAUAUUCAGCAAAGCCGCUGGGCUACUCUUCCUCCUGAGCUACUUUGUGAUGUGAUUAAAAGGUUAGAGGAAAAUGAAGCUGCAUGGCCAUCACGCAAGCAUGUUGUCUCGUGUGCAGCUGUGUGCAAAUCAUGGAGGGAGAUGUGUAAAGAGGUUGUUAGAAGUCCAGAAUUUUCUGGGAAGCUCACUUUUCCUGUGUCAUUAAAACAGCCUGGAGCUCGAGAUGGGGUAAUCCAGUGUUUCAUCAAGAGGAAUAAGUCAAAAUCAACGUAUCAUCUCUACUUAUGUCUUAGUCCAGGUGUGCUUGUUGAGAAUGGGAAAUUUCUCUUAUCAGCUAAGAGAAAUCGGAAACCAACCUGUACUGAAUACACCAUUUCGAUAGAUGCUGGCAACAUAUCAAGGUCAAGCAGUACUUACAUCGGGAAGUUGAGAUCAAAUUUUGUUGGGACAAAGUUCAGAGUCUAUGAUACUCAGCCUCCAUACAAUGGGGCUGCUAUUUGUCCUCCUGGCCGAACUAGCCGUAGAUUCUACUCAAAGAAAGUGUCGCCUAAGGUGCCAUCAGGAAGCUAUCCCAUAGCUCAGGUGACAUAUGAAUUGAACAUCCUUGGAACUCGAGGACCACGACGAAUGCAUUGUGUUAUGCACUCUAUUCCAGCAUCCGCUCUUGAGCCUGGCGGCACAGUCCCUGGGCAGCCUGACAACCUAGUCACACGCAGCUUGGAUUCUUUCCGUAGUCUCUCCUCCAUUUCCUCUUACAUAGACCGCUCUUAUGAUUUCAACAGUAUGCGAUUCUCGGAUAUUACUGGAGCUGAAGACAGGGAUGCGGAGGCUGAUACUAAUAAGGAAAGACCGUUGGUACUCCGGAACAAGCCGCCCCGUUGGCACGAUCAACUGCAAUGCUGGUGUCUCAACUUUCGUGGCCGUGUAACGAUUGCCUCUGUGAAGAAUUUCCAGCUCAUAGGUGCACCACAACCUGCUGCUGUCGGUCCAGCAACAACGGCACAGCCAGCUGCACCUGGUCAUGACAAGAUUAUCCUGCAGUUUGGGAAGGUCGCUAAAGAUAUGUUCACAAUGGACUACCGGUACCCGCUUUCUGCUUUCCAAGCCUUCGCUAUCUGUUUAAGUAGUUUCGAUACCAAAUUGGCCUGUGAAUAGAAUGAUCAAAAGUUAAGAAAAAAAAGGAGGAUAAGUAAUCAUCCUAAUGUCGUUUUGUUAAUAUUCAUGCUUGUUAUUGUAAAACAGAAGCACCUGCAAUGUAGUUCUUUUCCUUGAAAACUAAACUUGACCAUAA